AAUUUCCCUCUACAAGUGGACAAAUCCCUUCUAAAUAUUUGGUGCAUUAAUCAUCUUUUUUCUUGAUCUCUUCAAUUCAUUCCUCCAGUACUCCAUUGACUUGCUCUCUCGAUACUUAAAUAUUUCCUUUUCAGCUCUAAAUAUAUAUACCCAUCUCGAUCCAUCUUCUCGAGAACUAGCCUGAGUACUAGUACUGGUCAUGAUUUUAUAAUCAUUAUUUUCUCUUCAUCAAAAGUAUCUCUUCUUUAUAUAUAUGUACGUGCUGACCGCCAUUGCACAAUACUCCGCUAGCUGCAUGGAUUCUUCAGGCAAUUACAAUAUCCCUGCGGGAAGAUCUCCAAGAAGAGAGCUCCAAGGUCCUCGCCCCGCGCCUCUCAGAGUGCACAAAGACUCCCACAAGAUCAAGAAACCCCCCCUAGCUCCGCCGCAUCAGCCGUCACAACCACAAGCUAUUCAGCAUCGCCCUCCGGUCAUCAUCUACACCGUCUCGCCCAAGGUAAUCCACACCAGCCCUAGAAACUUCAUGGACCUUGUUCAACGCCUGACCGGCCGCCUGCAGCAGUCAUCAUCUUCUUCAUGUUCAUCCUCAUCAUCUGUUGCUGAUCAUCAUCCUUCAAGCAAUCCUUUUAAUAUCAUGAAUAACAGCGGUGCAGUUUCGCCGGCGGCACGUUAUGCGUCGGUAGAGAAGGCGGCGAAGUCUCCAGAAGGGAAUAAGAAACAACAGAGUGGCGAAGUGGGUGGUGUGGAAGGGAUAGAGAUUGCUCAUGGGGUUGAGAUGGUCAUGGGCUCUUUCCCGGGGAUACUGUCACCGGGGCCGGCUUCACUUCCUCCAAUUUCAUCGAACUUUUUCUCUCCGCCAACUGAUCCGAGCCCACUUAGCAGCUUCUUUCAUGAUUUGAGCCCUGUGCUUCAUGGCAGCAAGAAUUACCUAGAAGGUAGUUUCAUGCCUAGUCCUUCGACCUUUGUUUCACCUCGUAUGGCUUCUUCCCCCACCACUCCAUCCAUAGAUUUAUUCAACAAUUUCUUCGACUACUGAUCAUUGUUAUAGAUUCUUUCUUUUUUUUUCUUUUUUUUUUUUUUUUUUUUUUUUUGAUAGAGGAAAUUAAGAUCAGUUAUAGAGGUGUUUUUUUGUUUCAGCUAGCUAGCUAGUUCAAUGGUGAAGAAGAUCGAUCGAUAGAUCAAAGAGAGGGACGACUAAAGUGGAAUUAAUUCUGAUAUUACUUUAAUUUUGUUUUUUGGUUGGGUUAUUGCUACUUGGAGGCUUCUUAAUGGCACUGUCUGCUUAGCUUAUUCAAAUUCAUAAUUUGGUGGACCAUUCUUUAGGACAAUUUGGCCCAAAUAUCACAUCAUACUCAACCUUAUUUUUUAUUUCAUUCAAUUUUAUUAAUCAAUGUCUUCUUGUGGCUUGUGGCCUUUAUUUUUCUCUAAUUUGUUGUGGCUUGUGG